AACCCUCAUUCCCCCUGUUUGCUAGUAAUGGUUUGCCCCGCUGCUGAUCAACAAAGCUUUACAUUUGCCCCCGCCUGGGGCCUGCUUUGCCCCGGUCCCGCCCAUUUCAGCUUCACGAAAGGGGGGAGGAGUCUGGUCUUUCUGCGACAGGCACUGUGGGUUCCCAGCCGUCUCUUUAUCCCGGGCGUGAGCAGUUCUGCUGCUGGGAUCAGCCUCGGCCCUGACAAAGGUCAGCUUGAUCCGACGCAACUACAACUCCCUGCACCCGACCAUAGGUGCAAUGGGGUAGCUGUAGUCAAGCUGCUGUCCAUCCAAGGCUAUUAGAUACUGUAUUGGAUAAGACUAUUAUGGGUCAGACUGGGAAACGAAUACAGCAACACUGCUUGCAGAAUGAAAACUCCCAGAAACUCCCUUCACCUUCCUGGAAGAUGAUGUUGUUUGGUAUACUACUGGAAGUUGCCAUUUUAAGGACCCUCUGUUUAAAAGGUAAAAGUUUGCAUGCAGUCCGUUGUGUCUUCGCCAAGAUGGUGGCAUCUUCCAACGGCUGGGGAAGCCUUUAACAUUAUGUAAUAAAUGGUUUGUAAUGGAUAGUGGUACAGUAAACGAUUGGAGCAUAUAAGUAACUGUUCUCCUUUUUUAUCUAAUAAAAUGGCUACUGGACUUAAAAAUGUUGGCACUGCUUUUGGAGGUCCAACACCCUCCAAUACCUUCCAAAGCACUCCUGUUGAUGAUGACGAUGAUGUUGUUUUCAUUGAGCCUGUACAAGUUGCACAUAAUACUGUAUCAGUUGAACAGAGAAAUGUUGGAUUUUCAUCAUCAAAAAAUGAUUUUCAUAGGAAUGACUCAAAAUCACAUUCUUCCAACAAGGAUUUGGAUUCUUUUAAAGGGGCAAUAAGCGAGACAAUCAUCAUUGAUGAUGAGGAGGAUGUAGUAGUCAGUCAUGUGCCUGAAAAGCAUGCUUCUAGUUUUAGUGACCGGAGAACGAUGGAUUCUAGCAGACAUGUCAAUCUGGAUUUUCCUUCUUCCUCCAACUUCUCAAGAAAUAAUGUUAAUACUGGAAUGACAAGUGCUGGUAUUACUACAGAGCCAGAUUCCGAGAUUCAGAUUGCUAAUGUAACUACUUUAGAUUCUGGCAUCACUUCUGUGAAUGAUGGUCAGAUUCAAAAUGCUGAGGUGCGAGAUAUGAAUCUUAUGAUAACCCAUGUGACAUCUCUGCAGAACCCUGGCUUAGGAGACCUGCCAAAUGGAAUGCAGUCAAGUAAUUUUGGGGUUCAUGUGCAGACAUAUCACUCUCCUCAUGCUUCACAGAGCAAGAAUGGCAUGGGACCAUAUAAUCCAGGUAGAAUUAAUGUUGGUGGGGAUGUUUUUCAAAAUGGAGAGUCCGCAUCACAUCCCAAUCCUGAUUCCUGGAUAUCACAGUCUGCUUCAUUUCCCAGGAACCAAAAGCAGACUGGAGUGGAUGCUCUUUCACCUGUAGCCUCGCUUCCAAAACAGGUUUUCCAGCCUCCUCCACAACAACAGCAGCAGCAACAGCAGCCCCAAAAAGCUGUUAAAGUCACUUGUGCAAACUGCAAGAAGGCACUUCAGAAGGGCCAGACAGCAUAUCAGAGGAAAGGAUCCACUCAUCUGUUUUGUUCAACAGUUUGCUUGUCAUCAUUUUCACAUAAGCCAGCCCCAAAGAAGCUCUGCACUAUGUGUAAGAAGGAUAUUACGAUGAUGAAAGGGACAAUUGUUGCCCAGGUUGAUUCAAGUGAAUCCUUUCAGGAGUUUUGUAGUACAUAUUGUUUGUCUCUAUACGAGGAUAAACAGAAUGCUUCCAAGAAUCAGAACAAAUCAAGAUGCACUAUUUGUGGCAAAUUGACAGAGAUUCGCCAUGAGGUUAGCUUUAAAAACAUGACACACAAGCUUUGUAGUGAUCACUGCUUCAACCGAUACAGGAUGGCGAAUGGCUUAGUCAUGAAUUGCUGUGAGCACUGUGGUGAAUACUUGCCAAGCAAAGGAGCUGGAAAUAAUAUACUUAUGGUCGAUGGCCAAUGGAAGAGGUUUUGCAGCCCUGCCUGCCUCAGUGAUUUUAAGAUGAAAAACAGCAAGCUUACGAGUUGUACGGGAUGCAAAACGCAGUCCAGGUCUUUUGAUAUGACCCAGUGCAUUGGAUCAGAUGGGCACGUCGAACCAUAUUGUUCUACAGCUUGCAUGAACAAUCACAAGGCUGCAAAUGCUAAACCUCCUAUUCAAAAUGCAGGCAUUAUUUGUCAUUUUUGUAAAAGAAACUCAUUACCUCAGUAUCAAGCCACAAUGCCUGAUGGGAAACUAUACAACUUCUGCAGCUCUGGUUGUGUAGCAAAAUUUCAGGCUGUCAGUAUGCAGACAACCACGAAUGGCCAGCAUGUCAGCAGUGAUAUCCAGUUAAAAUGCAACUACUGUAAAAAUGUCUUUUCUUCUAAACCAGAAACACUGGAUUGGGAGAAUAAAGUCUACCAGUUCUGCAGUACGAAUUGCUGUGGUGACUACAAGAAACUUCAUUGUAUAGUAACGUACUGUGAAUACUGUCAGGAGGAGAAGACAUUACAUGAUACUAUGAAAUUUUCUGGAGUCAAAAAGCCAUUCUGUAGUGAAGGUUGCAAACUACUAUAUAAACAGGACUUUGCAAGAAAUUUGGGAUUAAAAUGCGUGACUUGCAACUACUGUUUUCAGAUGUGUAAGAGGGGGGCUUUCAAAGAGUAUGAUGGCAUUCUGAGGGAUUUCUGUGGAGAGGAAUGCAGUAAAAAGUUUCAAGAAUGGUAUUACAAGGCUGCAAGAUGUGACUGUUGUAAAACUCAAGGAACCCUUAAAGAAAAAGUACAGUGGAGAGGCGCAGUAAAAAACUUUUGUGAUCAGCAGUGCUUACUACGGUUUUAUAACCAGCAAAAUGAACCUAACAUGGCAACUCAGAAGGGGCCUGAAAACAUGCAUUAUGAUCAGGGUUCUCAGACUGCACGGACAAGAAUUCAGGGAGCAAGCUUAUCCGCAUCUUCUGCUAUGUCAAAAGACAUGAAGAAUAAAGCUAUUCUGUGCAAACCAUUGUCCAUGACAAAGGCAACUUACUGCAAGCCUCACAUGCAGACAAAAACCUCCCAGACAGAGGAAGAUGUGAAUACUAAGUACGUCCCAGUGCCUAUUCCUGUUCCUGUGUAUGUUCCAGUGCCUGUGUGUCUCUUCAGUCAGAAUGUUCCAGCUCCCACAGUUAUCCCACUUCCAAUACCUGUUCCAAUUUUCCUGCCAGGCUCUUUAAAAGAUGCUGAAAAAAUAACUGAACAACUAGAAGAAGUAAUAAGUAAGAGCCUCGUACAGCCUUCUGAAUCGGACAUGGUGAUUGCAAUAGAACCAGUAAAGGAAGAGAAAGCAGAAGAACAAGAAAUAGAUCUUGCAAAGGGUGACAGGAUCGAAGAAAAAGCAGAAGAGGAAGCCCGGUUUGAAGAAAGAGCAGAAGUGGAAGACAGGAUCGAAGAAAGAGCAGAAGAGGAAGACAGGAUCAAAGAAAGAGCAGAAGAGGAAGACAGGAUCGAAGAAAGAGCAGAAGAGGAAGACAGGAUCGAAGAAAGAGCAGAAGAGGAAGACAGGAUCGAAGAAAGAGCAGAAGAGGAAGACAAGAUCGAAGAAAGAGCAGAAGAGGAAGACAGGAUCGAAGAAAGAGCAGAAGAGAAAGACAUGAUUGAAGAAAGGGCAGAAGAGGAAGACAGGAUCGAAGAAAGGGCAGAAGAGGAAGACAAAAUCAAAGAAAGAGCAGACGAGGAAGACAGGAUCGAAGUAAGAGCAGAAGAGGAAGACAUGAUCAAAGAAAAAGCAGAAGAGGAAGACAUGAUCGAAGAUAGAGCAGAAGAAGAAGACAUGAUCGGAGAAAGAGCAAAAGAGGAAAACACGAUCGACGAAAGAGCAGAAAAGGUAGACAGGAUAGAAGAAAGAGCAGAAGAAGACUGUUGUAAUUCUGAAUUUCAGACUGCUUUGCCUGAUUUACCUUAUGACCCAGAUCUAGAUCUUGAAUGUGAUUUCCCAAGAGCUGCUGAAGAGCUUGAAACUGAAAAUGAGUUUCUUUUACCACCUGUGUUUGGAGAAGAACACAAGGAGCAGGCUAAGCCAAGGUGCUUUAAAAAGGGGAAGAAAAGAAAAGCCAUUUUAGAUUACCAAACUUCCGCUGAUAGCUCUGAACACUCAGAGUGUGGUUUUCCUUUUAAAUAUUCGUAUGGCAUAAACGCUUGGAAGCAUUGGAUUAAAACACAGAACACAAGUAGCGAUGAGUUAUCCUCAAAAGAACCAAGCUUCACAAAGUCUGUAAAAUUAAAAGAAGAACUUCUUCAGCACAGUCCAGCUGAGCUCAGUUGCUUAUUGGCAAGCUUUGUUAAUGAGAUUCGCAGGCCGAACAGUGAAAUCUAUGCACCUGACAGCGUCUACUACCUGUGUCUUGGGAUUCAGGAGUUCUUAUCCAGGAGCAGAAGAAAAGAUAAUAUAUUUUUUGACCCAGACUACCAUUCAUUUGGAGCAGAGUUAAACAAAAUCAUCAGAACUUGGCAGCCUAGUAUUCUUCCAGAUGGAUCUUUUUUUUCACGGGUUGAAGAAGAAUAUCUGUGGCAACUAAAUCAACUUGGCACCCAAUCUCCUAUGUCCCUUCUGUUUACCCUGAUAUAUUUCAAUACAAAGUAUUUCAACCUAAAAACUGUAGAACAGCACUUGGGACUUUCAUUUGGCAAUAUUUUUAGACUACAGAAAAACAAUCCUCUGACCAAUGAAAGUAAAGCGUGUCUUCAGUACCAAGUGUUAUCGCUUUGUGACAGUGAGGACAAAAUUGCCCCAGGCAAACGAAAGCACGAGGAUGAAGACCCAGUAUUUGAGCAACUUGAAAACACAGCUGAUCCUUCUCGGUGCCCUGUAAACGUUUUUGAGUACUAUCUCUCCAAAAGCCCACAGAAUCUGAAUCAGAAAAUGGAUGCCUUUUAUCUGAAACCAGAAACUUCUGCGUUGACUGACUCCACGAUAUGGUACACCUCUUCUUCCCUGGAUCGAAACACCUUGGAAAAUAUGCUUAUACGGGUUCUACUAGUAAAGGAUAUUCAUGAUAAAAAAAGUCAUGAACUGGAUGAAGACACAGACUAAAACUUGGGUAUGAAGCAGUCGCAAGAAAGGAAAAACAGCAUUAGAUAGUGAAGCUGCUAGAACUAAAAAAAAAAAAUAAGAGUUAAACAUUUCAUGUUUACUCCCCAUGUAUUUUAUGAGUUUUGUAGCAGAGUUACCCAGUCUGGGUACAAACAUGUAAAUACGUGUGUGACAUUUUGCCAUUUUCCUUGUAGUGAAUUUUAGGACACACAACACACACACAAAUACACUGCUCAUUUUUUUUUAUUAUUUAUUUAAUUAGCUAUGUUUGUAAGUUUUUACAUUACAGAAUCUCAACGAGAAUGUGCCAUGUGAUUUUGUUUUUUCUCUUCCUCCUCUCCCGAUAAACAGUUAUUCACAUUAUACAGUUCUGCUGUUUGAAAAAAAAAAAAAAAUUCCACAAAACAAAAAGCAGCUGUUGGUUUUUUUUGAAAUGGACAAGUCUGACUUGAACUGUUUAGACCUAGAGUUUGCCACGUCAGCGUUGGUUUUUAAAAGUCUUAGUAUUAGUGGAUUGUUUACAUUUAGUUUGGAAAGCCCUGUAAGCGGAUGUAGAGAGAUUCCAUCAUCUGUACCAAAAACUACAGAAAGGAAAAUGCUGUUCAUAACUGUGUACUGUACGAUGAAGCAAUCUAUACAUGUGAUUACUUUUUUUUCUUUCUUUUUUUUUUUUUUUUAAUUUGCCUGCCUCCCAUCUUAUUUUCCCCACUCUGAUUAAAACAUUACCAUGUCCUUA